GGCCUGGAGCUGGGCCGCAUCUGGCACGCCCUGCGCCCCCGUCCCAACCCUAGCACCCCUUAUCCGCCCCCCGCGCAGCCCUGCGGGUCCAGGCCCCGUCGUCCCCGUCCCCACCGCGUCCACAGCCCCUUGAGCGUCAGCCCUCCUCACUUCCCUUCCCAGGCAGGCCUGCCAACUCCUCCAGCCGCCGCUCUUCCCCUCUCUGGUCCUUGGAGGUGGUUGGUUACCAUGGUGAAGCUGGCAGCCAAGUGCAUCCUGGCAGGAGACUCCACAGUGGGCAAGACCGCCCUGGCGCAGAUCUUCCGCAGCGAUGGGGCCCAAUUCCAGAAGAACUACACCCUGACAACAGGAGUGGACUUGGUGGUGAAGACGGUGCCAGUCCCUGACACGGGGGACAGUGUGGAACUCUUCAUUUUCGACUCUGCCGGCAAGGAGCCGUUCUCUGAAAUGCUGGAUAAGUUGUGGGAGAGUCCCAACGUCUUGUGUCUCGUCUACGAUGUGACCAAUGAGCAGUCCUUCCAGAACUGCAGCAAGUGGCUGGAGAAGGCUCGGGCACAGAGUCCAGGCGUCUCCCUCCCAGGUGUGUUAGUGGGGAAUAAGACAGACCUGGCCAGCAGACGAGCGGUGGAAUCAGCGCAGGCCCAGGCGUGGGCGCUGGGCCAAGGCCUGGAAUGUUUUGAAACAUCCGUGAGAGAAAACAGAGAGAGUGACUUCUUUGGGUUGCAAAUUGCUAGUGAUGGAGCCAGGAUUAAGAACUGGGUCUCACCAGCCCUCUGUGGAUUUGAUGAUAUUCAUGUAUACAACCCCCGUUUGCUCUGCCGCUCUGCCGGUAGACGAAGCUGAUAGACAUGAAGAGGACACCGGCGGAGAGCUUGUUUCCGUCCCAAAAAGGCAAGAAGACUGGGCAGGCUCAUUAGGAGAAAAUAUUGAACAGCCAGUGUUGGAGUUUCACCUGUGAUGUGAGGGGAAAAUGGCAUUUUUGCCAAAGCCUAAUAUUAUGUAACUGGUUCUAGGGACAGAGGGUGGUGACUCCAGAGCGGCACAUGGGGGCAGGAGACCAAGACAGCAAUGACAGUGUCAGUUCCUGGAGGGCAGGGACCUCCUUCUAGGACCUCUAGAAGCAGCUGGGGGUCAGUGGAAAAAGCAGUGGCUUCUCGUUAGAAGAAAGGAAUUAGAAUCGUAGCUGUGUGUCCGUAGACAGGGCACUUACCCUCUCUGAUUAUCAGUUUCCCCAUUUAUUAAAUGAAGAUAACCACAUCAACCUUACCGAUUAUUUUGUGUGGAUUAAGAUAUGUAAACCCUCGUUUUACCAGGCAUGGUAUACAGUAAAUGCCCACGGCCUCUAGAUGAUUUCCAAAUUUUCUUAAUAACUAUGGCUUUUUUUGAGCAUAAAAGUCAUGUAUACUUAUUGCAAAAAAAAAAAUGCAGAAACUACUGAAAAGUAUAAAGAAGAAAAUGGAAAUUGCUCAAAUCCUACCACCCAGAAAUACCCACCAUUAACAUUCUGGUGUGUGUACUUCCUUCGUUUUUCCUCUGCAUAUAAAAAUACAUAUUUUUUAAGCCAAAAUGUGAUAAUGCCAUAUAUGCCAUUUGGAAUUUUUCUGUUUUCACUCAGCAGUGUCUUGUGGACAUCAUUUCAAGAAAUACAGUUUUCCGUGAUCAUUUUA